AUGUUCUAUAGUGCUGUCGGCGAAACCAUGGUCAAAUUCGUGAUUGAUGGUAGUGGCACCCACUCAGAUCGCUACUUCCUCGGCCGCGCUACUUACUUCCGCCCUGAAAACAUUGUGUCUUGCGUCGGAGAGCUUGAUGUUUGGGUUCCUCCUGGCUAUCCUCUUCAAGAUUCGACCCUGGUGUCCAGCCCUGCAGCCCCAAUUUCCUCUUCCACUAUUCGUCGCAAUGGUCGUGGUGGUGCAAUCAAGGUCCCACGCCCUCCCAAUGCCUAUAUCCUCUAUCGCAAGGAUCGCCACAGAGCUGUAAAGGAGGCAAACCCAAAACUCUCAAACAAUGAAAUCUCAAUCAUUCUUGGUCGUCAGUGGAAUGGUGAAACUGACGAAAUCCGUGUCCAUUACCACAAGAUGGCCGUGGAUAUCAAGCGCCAGGUUGAGGCCCUUCACCCUACCUACAAGUACAACCCUCGGAAAUCUUCUGAGAUCCGCCGCCGCGCCAAGGGCAACAACGGUGUCUACAAUGUUGAGAACGUGUCAACCGCGACAACCCAGGAGACGAUCCAGGAGACCAGCACCUCCAUUGCUAUGGCUUCGCUGCCUACUCCUCCGAUGGACUUCUGA